GACCAGACAGUUAACCCCAUCAUGUUGUGGCAAACGGUCUACCUGCUGGUCUUGGCGUGCGCCUUGGUCAGCGCCACACCGAUCCUCUCCAGCAGCGACCAGCCGAGCAUUAGAAGACCCCGGCACAUUGGAGGAUUUGGCGGUGGCGGCAUCGUGGGUGGCGGCAUCGUGGGAGGUGGCAUCAUCGGUGGCGGAGGAGUAGCUGCCCCCAUAGUGGCGGCCCCUGCUAUUCAAACAGUACCCCUUGUGUCCACUGUGCCCCUUAUCACCACAGUGCCCGUCGUAUCCAGCAUUUCCACCGUCCAGACGAUUCCCAGUUAUGGAUACGGAUAUGGCGGUGGCUAUCCCGUUGGAGGAGGAUUGGGCGGACUAGGUGGCGGAUUGGGCGGAGGCGGCGGAUUCGUUGGCGGCGCUGUGGGUUUUGCCAAAUUCAAAGGCGGUUUCUUUGGCUAGUUCUUUCCGAAUAAAUCGCAGUGUUUGUGGAGACCCUUCUAGUGUAAACAAUGAAUAAAAAAAAGUGCUGCGCGAUCGAGUUUCAUUUUGCCGAGUGUUUGGAGUCGACAAAUUCGAUGAGCUUGCAUAUUCCGUA